ACCAACUAUUGCUGGUUCAUCACUGUUGUGUCCUUGGAAGCACUCUUGCUAUGACUUACUUGUUAGAACUGCAAUUCGAUUUUUUCUAAGCGUUGUCUACUCAAAGAUUAGGUGCUGAGCGCUAAGAAGGCUUUGCUGCCUCGGGCAGCUUACAGACCAUCAUGGCGAACAUUGAUCCUUACCGGACAGAGGAGGAGCUAGCGGAUGAUGACGAGGAAGUGGACAUGUCGUUCCUGCCCCCAUUCGCUCGGGGGACAGAGAACGAGAAGCUGUAUGUGGAAAAUGCGAGGUUGGAGCGGAAGCUCGAGCGGACAGACCGCGCCCUGGAGCAGAACCUCGACAGGUUGCACAUUAUGGAUGAACACCUGAAGAAUGUGCAGCAGGAACUCAAGUACACGCAAACCCGGGUUGAAUCCAAGAACAAGGAGAUUGAGAGUGAGAAGCACCUCAACUCUAUGGCCGAGCGGGAAGCGGGUCGCAUCCGCAAGGACGUGGCCAAGCUGACCUCCGAGCGCGCGGAGCUGGCGGACAAGAUCAACAGCCUGCAGAACCAGAUCUACAAGAACAACGAGAAGCUGGACCAGUUCAAGAUGCUCAUGAACUGGAAUCAGGAGGAGCUGGAGCAGUGGGCGCUGGCGGAGAGGCAGAAGGCCGAGGACAACGCCGCGCUAGAGAAGUACCGUCACGCGGACGACGCCAAGGUCAAGGAGCUGACCAUGGUGCUGGAGCGAGUCAGCAAGCAGGUGGUCUCUCGUCGCGAUGAGCUGGACACCGAGGUCAUUGAGACCCAGGCUGCCCAAAUCCAGCUCGACAAGGCCGCCGAGGACUUCCGCAAACUGCACCUGGAGCGUCAAGAACUCAUCCGGCAGUGGGAGGAGGCGGUGGAGGCCAUGCGGCACCGCGACGUGGCCAUUGCGGCGGCUUCGGAGCAGUUUGCGCUGCAGAAGGAGGUGCUUCGGGAGCGGAAGAGGGAGCUGGACGCGCAGGCGCGGUUCCUGGAGAAUGAGGUGCUCAACACCAAGGAGGCAGAUGCGCGGGUGGCGUACUACGAGCGGGAGAUUGGCAAGCAACGCGACCUGCUCUCCCGCGAGCAAGUGCGGCAGGAGGAGCUGUCAAACCAGGUUGAGCUGAUCAAGGCCACGCUGUCCAAGGCCGCCACGGAGCUGGCGCAGCGCACCGCGGAGAACAGGGGCGCGCGGGAGGAGCUGGACCACAAGCGUCAAAAGCUGGAUGCAGCCCGCAAGCGCUUCGCGGUGCUGAAGCGCAAACUGGAGACCGAGUUCUCCAACCUUGACUCCAUGGAGGCAAAGGCAGCUGAGCUGGAGUCCAUGCGUCGCGGCGAGGAGGCGCGGCUCAAGGCAGUCGUGAAGGAGCACGAGUUGCUGAAAAAAGAGCAGUACAAACGCAGCCAGGUGCUGUUCGAGCUGCGAACCAAGGAACGUGAGCUCAUCAGCGAAAUCAGCGGCGGACAGGGGCAGAAUAAGAACCUGGCAGCUCGGAUCCAUACGCUGGACGAGCAAGUCGUACGGCAACAGGAGCUGUUGUACAAUGUGGAGUUUCAGUUGCAGCAGAUGGAGCGCAAGGUGGCCCGCGCGGGCGGUGUACGGAGCGAGGAGGAGACGCGGGCGCUGAACGCGCGGAUUGAGAAGCUGACGGGCAUCCUGGAGAGCGUGAACCAGGAGCACUCCAUGCUGUUGGAGCAAGUGAAGCGCGCGGAGGAGGAUUUGCUGGCUGCCAGGCGGUCAAACACGGCGUUGCGGGCGGAUAAGGCCAAGUUGGAUGAGACCAUCUCCACGCUCAAGCUGGAAAAUGACAUGGUGGCGCGACAGGUCAAGGCCGCAGUUGACUCGCGCGAGAAGGCGCUGGUGGACCACGACGUGCUGGCGCUGGAGGUGAAGCGGCUGCGUGACAUCCUGUCCGCGCAUGCUGACGAGGUGUUCAGCCUGGAGAAUCGCAAAGCGCAGUUGGCGCUGUCCAUGGAGGAGCGCAAGCAGGAGGUGGAGGUGCACAGGGACGGCUUGCGUGCGGAGUUGCGGCUGCUUCGAGAGGAUGUGCACCGCAUCACACUCGAGCUCAAGGAGCGCCUACUGCGCUGCGAGAAGCUGCGAGCCAAGUUUGAAAUCGUGUCCGCCAAGAACCGCGGAGCCAGCGAGGACGAUGACGGCGAGGAGCGCACGCAGGCGUAUUUCGUGAUCAAGGCGGCGCAGGAGCGAGAGGCGUUGCAGCGGGAGGGGGAUGAUUUGGACGCGCGGAUUCGCGUGGCGGAGAAGGAGGUGGCGGCGCUGGAGGCGACGGUGGCGCAGCUCAUGGCGUGUAACACCAACUUCGCGCACUCGUAUAAGAAGGUGAGCAGCAAGGAGGCGUUCGAGGAGCGAUCGGCGCUACGUGAGAAGCUGGACAAGGCGUACGACAAGCUGAAGGCGCGGCGAGCUGACGAGGCAGCCAUCGCGGGGGACAUCCAGGUGGCGGAGUCGCGGCUGGGCAAUCUGGGUCAGGAGCAGCGGUCGCUGCAGGCGCUUGUGGACGACAUGUCUCGACGCAAGACGGAGGCGGUACGACAGCUGGAGGACCAGCGCGAGAAGCUGCAGCGCGCCCUGACGCGCACGGACCGGCUGCGCCACCGACUGGGCAUCGCGGACAGUCCGCAGGGGCAGGACAUUGAGCUAGCGGAGGUCCGCGACGUCACGCGGGCCAUGCUGCUAGAGCUCAAGGCCCUGGCCGCCUCCAACCCCUCCGCCGGCCUCCUGGAGGCAUGCGAGGCAGCCGGCAUCCGCCUGCCCUCCGGCGGUAGCUUGCCGCCCUCAGCUCCGGGCAGCCGGCCGGGCUCGGCAGCUCGCUCGCAGGGCAGCAUCGGCAGCGCGCGCAGCGGCCGCAGCGGCGGCAGCCAGUGGGGAGGCUCACGAACGGGCGGUUCUAGGCCGUCCAGUGGGUUACGAGGGGGCGGCUCGCCUGCGGUGCGAACGAUUCAGCUAGGGGCGUGAGGAGGGAGGUUAGGUUUGUGAUGGGUAGUCUCGUGGUUGGCAGCAGUGCAGUUUUGUAUUAGGUAUUUAGGCGGGUAGCCCUAUUAUUCGUGAUCAUGCGCGCCCAGCUCGAUUGUACAUAUGGUUCGGUGUGGAUUGGAUAUGGGUCGGGAACUGGCUUAUGCAAAGGCACGGUAGCUUGUAGAUUAUACAUCAUGGGUGUAGCAAUAGAGCAGGUGACUUGGAAACAGGGGUAAUGGCUAUUAUGUCCUAGUGGGGCAGAUGCGCCCUUUUAGCGGGUAGGCACGAAGUCCCUACGGUGCUUUGGAUUAGCAUGGCUCCGUCGCUGUGAGCAACGAACGUGGUUGCAUACAGCGGUAUAAUGCGAGGGAGAGCGGCAACCUUAUAUAGCCGGCGUGGCCAUUUAGUGAAGUGAUAGUACGUGAUCUGGAGCCUCCCCGGGCCUGUCAUGACCAGUAGUGCUCUGCUCAUGGGCCCCCUUCGAGGCUUGAAUGCACACCGGGCUGGAGCGCCUCCGUGACUGUUUCUGAUAUCCUGGUCGUGAGGGACGACAGAAGCGUACCGCACGUUAUGAAUGCUGCCAGUUUCACGUGUCUUUGGUGUCUCGACUGGUGUCAACCCUUGAUACCGGUAAGGGUAGUCCAGCCUGCUGAUGAGCUGUCCUGCUGGCGCUCACCACAUUCUUGCCACCUGGUUAAUGGCGCAUGCGUUGCGCGCAAGUUCAUGGACGCUCCUUUAAACCAACGGUUUGGCAGCUAUUCCUGUCCUGGAACGCAAAAGAGCUUGUCCUGAUGCGCUGCAGUCCUCAGUGGCGUUCCGUGUUAGCAGCACUGAGCCCCGCUCAAAUGUAUUAUGUAAAUGAAAGAUAGCUAUUGCCUUUGCUGCCAGUGAGUAAUACUGGUACAAACUGUCACGCCAGGGCCUGCAUUAUAUGGGUGAGGCAGUGAGGGUUGUUGUCCCUUGGAUGCCGGCACCGCCGUUGACUUAAUCGGUCAAUGUGUAUGGUAUGGGGUGAACCUCUAUUUGGCGCCAUGGGGGGGUGCCCCUGGACUGCCUUCCAGCACCCAUCUGCAACGCACAAUGUCGUUGAGGGGGCGAUGGCGUGGCGAUGUAGUGCGUAACAUCAUUUGAUGGCUUCGCUUGGGGAACCUCCAGGCCCAUGGCUGAUAAGUGAUAACCCCCAGCAAAGGGGUGUUGUCAAUAGGCGGAGACGUCGUCUUCCUUCCCAACGUCCGUGGCCAUGUAACUCCCGCCCUGUUGAGGCUCAGUUAACCUAAUCCCGCC